UCAACGAUGAUACAGAGCCUCACCUAUUUCUUAUCGGAGCACCCAUCCAUCGUCAACUUCCAUUGGAGCCACUCCCAAUCACGGGGCUCCACGUGGUCCUUCCUCUUCACUUCUAUCUCCCUCCAUAUCAUCCUUUCCCUCCUCCACCUCUUCCUCAUCCUCCGCCGCACCCGACCCGUUCCCCUCGGACCCGUCCCGGCUCUCUACAGCCUCUCCAUGGCCAUCAUCUCCGCCACAACCUUCGCCGACAUCCUCCUCUCCGCCGCUGCCGAGAUCCGCGGCACCCGGUGGUUUUGGCGCCUCUCCAAGACCUCUUUCCAAUGGCUCCUCUGCUUCCCUCUCGGCACCUGCUCCUCAGGUCGGGUCUUCUUCUGGUCUUACAUUUUCUACCUUUCCCGGUUCCUCCACACUUUCUGGACCCACUUCACCGUCCUCCGGCGACGGAAACUCUCCUUCUAAUUCUUCAGUUAAGCAAUUCAGAUUUUCAUGACCUUUCUCUGGCUCGAAUUCUCUCAAUCGUUUCAAAUUCUGGCGAUUCUGGUCACGAGCUCGGUCUAUUCGGUGGUUUACGGGUACAGAUUCUGGGUGGCGAUUGGAUUGCUGAACGGAGAGCUUACCGAUGGUGGUGGAAUUUAG